AUGUGCAAAAAAUUGAAUAUUUGUUUUUUAGGAGAUAAAUGUGUUGGAAAGACAAGCACAAUACACACAAUGGUAAAUUCUUUUUUUGAUGACGAAAAAUAUAGCCCCACAAUAGAAUCAAAAUUUACAAAACUAUUUUCAUAUAAAGUUUUAUAUAAUUUAAAUAUAUAUGAUACAGCCGGAUCAAUUGAGAUGGAAAGUAUAUUAUUAGAUACAAUUAAACAAUGUGAUUGUUUUGUAAUAAUGUAUUCAAUAUCUGAUAGAGAUUCAUAUGAUUCAAUUUAUAAAUAUAGAGAUUUAAUUAAAGAAGCAUUCCCAUUUAAAGAUAAUAUACCCAUUAUAUUAUGUGCCAAUAAAAACGAUUUAAAAUGGGAAUCACAAUUUUCACAUAAUGAAAUUAUUGAUAUUUCAAAAUCAUUUGGAAAACCAUCAACAAUUUCUUCGGCUAAAUGUUUAAAUUCUGUUAUAAACACUUUCAAAUUAUUAUUAGAUAUUGUUCAAAGAAAUGAAAAACAAAUUAAAAAAGAUAUAAAAAAGUAUGAAAAAAAUUUAAAAAGGAAUGAUAAAUUAGAAUUUGAUUUAGAAAAAAAGAAAUCAAUUUUUAAACAUGUUUUAUUACAAAUUAAAUAUCAUAAAUUAGUUUUAAAUAAUUUAAUUAAUUAA